AUGGCGUCUGCGGGUCGAGUCAAGGCAGAACCCGCCAUCAAACCCGACCCUGAGGAUGUUCGAAUGGGUACGGCUUCGCCUGUCGCCUCUAUCGAUGACGACAUCUACGAAGAUGCUGGCGACCUUGAGUUCUACGAUCCGAACAUACCCCACGAUCCCUACGGGAGUGUGUAUUUAACACACAUACCCAAGUAUCUCUACGAGCAAUGGGCCCAGCUGAAGGACGACGACGAGAUUCAGAUUGGUACAAUUCGACAAUGGGAUGAAACAGAUAAGAAGGGCCAGACACAUACGCGCUUGGCCAUGCUCCUCGAUGCGGGCAAUUCCACGCACCAAACUGUUCCUAAGGAGUACAAUCUUGAGGUCAGGGAUAUGAAUCUGCUCAACACCUUCAUGUUUACCGAGCAAGACCUACCUGGCUACAAGUCCAAGGCUCAAGGUGCUAACAGUAAUAUUCCUGCACAUCUUCGACCUAAGCCGCCGCAGCGACCGCAAGACAACAAUGUAAAGACCGAGCCUGGUCGCAAGGCCCGAUACCAGCCUUACUACAGGAAAGCCAUUCCCAAGAAGACAGCGCUAGCCGGCAGAUUCCGACAUGAGCUGAACUGCCAGCCUGUCAUGACGCCGGAAACAAAGCAUAUCCUGGCCAUGAGAGCAAGUGACGCACUGAAACCCAAAGCUACGACGAGCAUCUUAGCAGGAGCUAGAGUACUGACAAAUGGUCUCAUCCAUGCUGGUACUGCGGCAGGCAACGAAAAGUUUAGCGGCUUUGUUCGUACUGCCGAUCCCAAGGCCAAGCCCAAAAAGGCGAACCAAGAAAGAGCCGCCCGUCUGGACCAGGCUGUCAUCCGCGACAAGAUUUUUGCAGCCUUCAAGAAGUACAAGUACUGGACACUGAAGGCGUUCAAGCAAAAUUUGAAUCAGCCCGAGGCCUGGCUGCGCGAGAACUUGGAUGUGGUGGCCGUCUUGCACAAGAGCGGUCCCUUUGCCAACCACUGGGAGCUUAGACCAGAGUACGGUCAGGAUGACAGCCUAGAUGCGCAGGCCGCAGAAGCGGCACCCGACCAAGACGAUGAUGAUUCCGAAUUUGAUGGCGAUGAGGAAAUGGAGGAUGUAAUGUAG